AUGCCUCGACUCGACCGUUCAGUUGGACGCGAUGUCCAUAUUCAUGACGCCAACAACACUAAUGUCGCACUUGGUGGCCUGGUUCUUACUCCCGGAGUUACAAAUGCCAACCUCUACUUAAUGGUGGAGAUUCUUGUCAUAUUCACAAACACCUUUAGUCUACAAUAUGAGGGAGGAACAAAAGUCGAAAAAGAUGACGGUCCUCUUCAACCUGGGAAAUACUUUAUUGUUUCGGCUGGGUCGUUUAAUGUGACCGAUGAAGCAUUCCUCGUCCGAACGAUUUCUCAUGCUACCGGAACUCGUGUCGCGAGUUUCUGCGAGUCCGUCCGUUCGCGAGAUCGUAAAUGCGUUAUAUCCGGGCUAAACAUCAUCACACUUGGCGGAAUUGAUAUCUGGGACGGCUUCGAAGCCUCGCAUAUUUUCCCAUUAGCCUACGAAAGUCAUUGGAUUAACAAUGAUUACGGUCGAUGGGUUUCGAUUGAGCCGCCUCGUGGAGGCACUAUCAACUCGGUUCAGAAUGGAAUCUUGCUUGAUUCCGUCAUGCACCAGCUUUUUGAUAACUACUUCAUUUCAAUCAACCCAGACGACAAUUACAAGGUCAUGGCCUUCAGGCCUAACGCGCGAGGCAUUGGUAGCCAUCACCUUGAUCCAGGGUAUUUUGCUCGUCCUGAUGCACCUCUUGAUUCUGUUUUACGCUGGCACUUUAGGCAGGCAGUUUUAGCCAAUAUGAGGGGUGCUGGAGAGCCGAUCUUUGAGCAUGACUUCCCGCCUGGUUCUGAUAUUGUUGGUGAUAUACUCCACGGUCCAAGGGCAGCGGCGAGAAUGGAGUCUGAGCUAUUUGGCCGCCUUGGUGCUCAAGUGGAGUUAUUUCACCGAGCUAAGAAAGCUUAA